AAUGGCAGGAGGGGAUCCGCGCGCUCAUUUAAAUGCUGAUCCGGGGGGCGGGGCCCAGUGUGCGGUUGCAGCCGUUGGGGAGAGUUCGCCAUGACUUCGACCAGCACCUUCCAGGGCUUGGAGGAUAAACCUAAUUCCAGCCGAGUACUCAGACCACCUGGUGGUGGUUCCAGCAAUAUAUUUGGUGUCCCUGAUGCGCCAUCCACUAAACCCCAUAAAAUGGCAUCCAAUAUUUUUGGGCCUCCAGAAGAAACUUCAUUGCCAAAGAGAUCUAAUCCUCCAGGUGGAAAAAGCAGUGGGAUUUUUGGUGAAUCGGAGUCUGUUUCUUCACAAUCAAAUGCUGUUUCAGCUGAUAAACAGAGCAAUGACAUCUUUGGGGAACCAGUUGCUCCAACUGUAAUUCGCGUACAUCCAAACAAACCAAAGGAUGCAAACAUAUUCUCUAGUGAUGCAGAUGAGGAAUUGAAAGCUGACGAGCAUGGGAAACAAGAGAGUGAAGAGAAAGAUGAAGAAAAGCCAAAGGAGCCCACAGUGGAUGACCAUGAACCUCAUCUAGGUCCACGUCCACGAUCCCAUAACAAGGUUACCCAGCCUCCUGGUGGCAAAUCGACACUCUCCUUGUUCUGAGGAGGUUCUCUACUCUGUUUGACUCCAGUUUUCUCUCUCCCAAAAGUUCUGCAUGGAACAGAAGGUUACCUUGUAUAAAAAAAACAUUAUUUUUUGUCCAUUUUGCAGAUGAACUUUCAAAGAGUAAAAGACAAUUAGAUUUUAUUUUAAAUGCUGUUCAUUUCAAUAAGGAUUUGCUGACCCAAGUUUAGCUGAAGUAUUCUACAGCUUAAAUCAUUGUCACAACAGAUAAAUAUAAAAACUAAAUGUGGUGUUAACCAGCAUUUAUAAAAUAAAAUGGUCAUGUGAGUUUGUUCAAGUGCUAGAAAUAGGCAUAGGCACCUGUGUUGAACUUCAUUGUUUGUCGUCUGCUGCUGCUGUUCAUGUUGACUCCUUCAUGUGUUUUUAGCCGUCUGCACCACAUAAAAAGUGAUCUGGGAUGAGCAUUUUAGGAGCUAUAAUGAUCAAAAUCAUUCCAUCAUAUAAAAAAAAUGUAAUCAAGUGUGUCCAAUCAUGGAACUGUUGCCUUAGUUGACAAAGAACGUAAAAUUGUGUAAAAUCUGCACAUAUAAUCGAGGAUUCCUUGGCAUGAUUGUAGCAUACUCGUUAUGGUCAAUUCAGAAUCCUCGAGUGUCUUUUAUUUUGACCUGCUAUGAGCUAGUAUACAAUAUUGAGCAUUGUUACAAUGGUAGCAUUUGAACUUGAAACAGAUGAUUAGAAUAUUUAUUUUCUGAAACAUUAGACAAAGGUUUCCUUAUGUAUGCUUGGUCAAAAAUUUUUUUUAAACUGGCUUCUGAUCUUGGCUAUAGUGCAAACAAAACUUUCCCAACAGGGUUCCAUUGAGGAUUUAACUCCAUUUUGGCCUUUUCUAAGGCAAACUUUAAAGCCUAUAAAAUUCUUCGCAAGUUUUAGUUUUGCUGAGCUUGUUGGAAGUAUUUAACUAAGCAGACAUAAGGUAGCAAUACAAUGACUUUAUCAAAUCCAUACAAAAGGUUUAAUGUACUGAAACGAUUGCUUCAUUUGAUCCUCUUAAUCACUUUCAAUAUGCAAUUUUGAUGGAACAACAUUGCUAAAUGUAGUUUCGUAGCAUAAUUCUAACAGGUGCUCAAUUUUUUCUCCCAGUGUAUGUUUUCUGUUGGGCUGCCAAGGAUUCUAGCUUCUGCAGCAGCAUUCAAGGUACUUAAAUCCAUUUCCUCACUGGUGCACCUUUUUCUAUACUUUUAGUUCAAGGGAUAUACUGGAAGUCAAGAUGCAAAUGUUAAUUAUUGCCAGUGAGGAAAAACUUUUCCUGUGCCUUUUUUAUACACCCAUCUUGUUUGGAUGCAGAUAACUGGAUGGCAAUAGCCAAAAAUAAAAUUAUUUCAAUAAAA